AUGUGUAGGUUCAUGCGUUGCACGAGUCCGAUUCCUGUCACGAAUUACGAAGAUGAUGACAACGGACCGGUGUACAUUGUUCGGGAUGGCAAGCGUUACUCCGCUCGUCAGAUGGCCAGAUCUGCUGACUUCAGGAACUUAAUUUCAUACGAAAGAAUUUGGCAAAGCUCCUCAGACGGCAGCGUCGUGAUCCCGUACAAGUUCACAGCUUGGGAGGGUGUUGAGCCGAACAGGCCUAACUUCACGAAGGCCAUGGAGGAGUAUGAGGCGGGCACCUGCAUCGUCUUCCGGGAGAUGGAUGAGGGCGAGAAGCCCUCAUCAUACAUGGAGCUCAUCAAUGAUAAAAGUUGUUCCGCCAACGUGGGGCGAGUGACGGACGGACCGACGUGGGUCAGCGAGCGUGACAGCUGUGGGGUGUACAAUUUUCCGUAG